CGUAUAUCCGAUAUAACUAUCUUAUGAUUCUCAAGUCAUAAAGGUUCAGAAAACUCAAUUAUUUUGUUCAGAAUCGUAGACAGACACAUACUACACAAAGCUCAAUUGAAACCUUCCAACGCUUAAUACGUUUCCAUAAUUCAGAAUAUGCCUCCACCACGCGGCACGAAUAACGUUCUUGAAGGCCCUGGUAGGUGUUUUUCAUGUUUUCUGUGACUACAGCAGAGCCUUUUCUCCAACAAUGUUCAGGUGGCAUGAUCGCUUUAUAAAUAUCAGGUGAUAUGGACGACCUACCUCUCUCUUUCAUUUCCUGGGCCGCGCCUGCGUCGUUUAUCUACUACCAUGAAACUAGGCUACAAAGCAUCGAAUCUAACAUCUCACAAGGGAUUACGAUGUAACCUCAAAGGUACAUAGCGACACUUAUCCCGAGAUCUCUCCCCUCACAAUUCCUGCAACCGAAAAGUCCGUCUUUGUGGUUGGAGCAUCUCGAGGUAUCGGUCUCGCAAUUGCUAUAUCAUUUGCUCAAUCUGGAGCCUCCCAAAUCGCUCUAGGCGCUCGAUCAAACCUCUCCGCAGUCAAAGAAGCAGUUCUCUCAGCAGCCGAGAAAGCAAAUCGGCCGGCUCCAAAAGUGAUCUGUGUGAAUAUCGAUAUCACAUCUGAAUCCAGUGUUCAAGAUGACGCUUCAGCAGUGGAAAAAGAAUUCGGAAACCUUGAUAUACUCCUCAUCAACUCAGGUGUCAUCGGAUCUAUGAAGCGCAUCGUUGAUAGCAACUCAGAUGAGUGGUGGGAGACUUGGAUGGUGAAUGUUCGUGGUCCUUAUCUUCUUGUAAGAGCGCUGUUGCCUUUGCUUCUUGAAAAAAAGGAGGUGACAAAACAAUUAUCACAACGAGUAGUGUUGGCGCACACUUGACUGGUGACGGUUUAAGUGAUUACCAAAUGACCAAAACCGCCCAGAUAAGACUUAUGGACUUCGUAAGUGUAGAAUAUGGCGAUCAGGGUAUUGUGAGUUAUUAUAUACACCCAGGUAAUGUCCCAACAGAUAUGAUCGGGGGCUCUGAAGGAAUUGAGAAAUUUGGCUUGACAGAAGGUAAGCAUAAUCCUGAUGAAUUUUGGUAUGUGUUUUCACUAAUUUGUGAGGGUAGUCUUCACUGAAACGCCGGAAUUGGCUGGUGAUACACUGGUCUUUUUGACCAGGGAGAAGAGAAGUUGGCUUACUGGGAGAUAUGUCAAUGUGAUGUGGGAUAUGCCUGAGUUGAUGGGCAAGAAAGACUACAUCGUGAAGGGAAACAAGUUGAAGGUAAAGUUGGAUUUUUAG